AUGUGGCAAGUUGUAGAAAAUAAGUUAAAUGAAAUAAACGUGAAGAAAUUAGGAUAUGAUUAUCCAUUAUGCUCAGGAAUUUUAGACGAUAGUUUGGAACCAUUUACUACUAUUCCGAAUAUAUUUUUGGAUACUUUUAAAGAGCCAAGUAAAAAAUUCCAAUUGCCAGAGAGUACUGAAUUAAAAUACAUUUGUGAGAAAUUUAUUCAAAAAGAAAAAGAAAAGCGUGAUGCAAUAUUUAGUAAAUUUUUAGACAAGCCUGAGAAAUUGCAAGAAUUAACAAAUCAAAUGUUAAGAGUAUUAACAAAAUGCCCUAAUUAUAUGGUUAUUGCUCAAAUAAAUAACAAGGAAGUUGAAAUUGGAUAUCUUGAAACAGGAUGUCCGAAGUCUUCUCUUAAUAAACAAAUACAAGACCACAAAAAACUAAACAGAUUUGGUAAGGAUUCUAUUGAUGCAACUAGGUUAGCGAGAAACAAAAGAAUGUCUGAAAAAUUGGCAUUGGAUUAUAUGUCAAUAUUUACAAUUAAUGUUGCUGGUGAUAUGAUAGAAUUCCGCUCUAUGUGUAAAGAAUCUGGCCUAUAUAAAGUCUGGUUGCUCGAUCAAGUAAAAAUCCCCUUAAAUAUCCUAUCUGCAGAACCGAAGGAUGUUUAUUCUCUCAUCUAUAACCUACUUGCAUUUAGAACAGCAAUUGCAUGUACUAUAUAUAAAAUACUGCAUGCCACUGAUGAUACUGUAGAGGUAAUGUCGACUAUCUCAACAUCAUCGGCUAUGUCAGUCGAUUCAUUAACAACUACUAUCGCAUCGCCAUCACAUUACUCAUCUUCAUCAAAAAAAAGAAAGUCUAGAAACAAUAAAAAAUAA